AUGGAUAUUCAAGCUUCACUAGGAGAAAAUAAUGGAAAUUCAUCUCUAAUUUACCCAACCAGUGAGGAAAAAUUUGACAAGUCCACUAAGAAGGAAAUGUCACUCUAUGUGAAUAGAAGUGAAUCAGAAUUUUCCUACCACACACUCAUACUAGAUGCCUGUUCCUCUAAUUUAUUUACCUAUGAUACAAAGAAGAGAAAAAUUCAUUUCAAAGAUGCACAAAAAAUUAAGGAAUUGAUUUUGAAAUGGACUGAAAGGAGUAAGGAUACACGAGUAGUUGUCAUUUUCAGUGAUAAAGACUCUUUCAGAGUUUCUCUCAAUAUACCUGCUAAUCAUGUCAAUUCUUUAAAUGUAAUGCAUUUGUUGAGAAAUGCCAUAAUGGAAUUGUCAUUACCAUCACCUGUUUAUUAUUGUACAGAUAAUGAAAAUAAGGAUAUUUUUCUACUUAUUUGCCAGAUAUUUUACGUUUAUUCUAUUAAAACGAGUGAAUCAUUAUUAAUUUCAGAUAACAAGAUUGAUUUACCAAAGACUAUAUUCAAAUUAUUCCCAAAACUUUCCUUAAUAGAUUAUUCGAGCUUCUUCUCAUUGGAAGAUUUAAAAUCACAUUCAUUAGAACAUAACAAUACACCAAUAUCUAACAAUGAAAUUAUUCCAUUAGAUUUCAAUUCAAAUGCAAGAAAUAUUGAAGCACCAAAACAAAGAAGAUAUCCAUUACUGAAUCUUUUAAGCGAAUCUGAGAAUAUGACGGAUGAGUCUUACGUAGAGUACACUAAAAAGGGAAUGUAUCACGGUAUGAUUCUACAGAGACAAUACAUUUCAUAUUUCGAAUAUAAGGAAGACUUUUUCGAAUGCUCUGAACCAAUUUUACUGAAUGAAGAAAGUCAAUCGAGAGUUAUUCUAUUUGAUGACUUGGAUAGAAUGGAAGAUGAUGACAAUCAGGAAGAGGAGCAGGAAGAGAAUCCACUAGAAAGACUGAAAAGAUUAAAAGAAAUGUACAAUAGGACAAAACAUUUAGAUUCACAAGGAAGAGCCAAUAGUAACGAAGCAUAUACGAGUGUUACUGUCGCGGGGUCAUCUUCUACUGGAGUGUUUGCCAUCAAAGAUCCCUUUGGAAGAACAAAUUCAACAAAUAUACCAUCCCAAAAUGAUGGUAUGGAACUUUCAACAGCUUCUCAAAUGGAAAAUGCUGCUCACAAUCAGACAUCAUCAACUGGUGUGAUGGCCAAUAGCGUUUUAGCUGACAGUAAAGUACUUUCAGCUCUCGUUGUGAACAUGUCCAUUCACCAAGUUAUGAAUCAUUUUGGAAUGACAUUCUUUCAAAGAGGAAGAGACUAUAAGAAUGAAUACAGAAUUGAUAAUUUCAAAACUAAAAUUAUCAAUAAUGUUGCUUUCAAGCUCUAUAGUACCUGUGUUGGUACGAGACCUGAACCAUACAAGCAAGAAAGUAUCAUUAAGGAAGGAAAACUUUUGAAGGCUAUUUGUAAUUGUCCUAUUGGAGCAGAAGGCACAUGCAAACAUAUUUGUGCUCAAAUUCUAGCAUUUAGAGAAAAGGACAAGUAUAUGAGAGAAAAGUUUGAAUCUUUGAACAGUUCCAAGUCUGAUAGGUUACUUCCUCCACCAAUACCAUUCUCUCAAUUAGAUCCAGUUCUAGAUGAUUGGUGUAUCAAGGUAAAGGUUAUCAAGAAACACAAUGAGAAAUCAUGGGCCAACGAGAGAGGUUCUGGACGUGUAGCUGCCAUCACCAUUGCUGAUGAGCUUUCAGGAGAUAUGUCCCUCUCCUCAAAACAAAACAAGGUUAAAUUGAUCAUGUUUAAUGAUUGUAUCAAUGAAUUUUAUGAUCAAAUGGAAGAAGGCGAAAGUUAUUAUGUCAAUAAGGGACAUUUAAUCAAAAAGCCACACGAAGAUUUCUUUGAAAUUCAAUUAUUACCACAUAAUAAUUCCAUGAUUGAACCAUCUCCUGAAAAGAAGAGAAAGAUUGAGCAAGUCAUUUCUCAAAAUAAUGCAGAGAAUGAAAAUAUUGAGGAUCAAGAAGAGGAGGACCAACCAGAAAGAAGAAUAGUGAAUAAUGAAUACGAAUCACCAAAUAAGAAGGCAAAACUACCAUCCAUUGAUACUAGGUUUGAUGAUAUUAUGAAUGCUCAAACAAUGGAAAGCCAACACUCAAUCAUUGCAUCUCAACCAAUGACCUCAACAUCCAACGAAUCCUGCAAGUCACAAAUUAUCAAUACUCCAAGUACAGGUAAAAAGUCUCAGGUCAUUGAAGAGGAAGUAUUCAAUGUUGAUGAAGAUGAGGAAAUUCAUCAAGUAAUUGUUCAAGAUGUAGAUGAGGAGGAGGAUGGGCCAAUAUUUACUAGUGACAAUUAUCAGAAACCGGCCACUGAGUCUAUCCUCGCUAAAUCACAACCUUUGAGUUCAUCAGAACUAGCAACAAAACCAAACACAUCCUCUUCCACUGUACCAUCCAAUAACAACUCACAAAAGAGUAACCAUUCCAGUAACAGCUCGAGCACACCCACUCCAAAACCUCAUUAUUACUUUGAUGAAAAUGAACAGAGUCAAACAUUUGAAGAUAUUUUCUUUACUCCAUUCAAAACUCCACAAACUUGCUCCACAAACAAAACAACACCUUCAUCCACCUUCUCCCUCAAUGCCAAACUAGAGAAUAUUCUUAUUGACGAUGAAUCUUCCCCAUUCUAUCAAAGUGAAUCAAAAACUAAGGACUUGAUUCCUGAUGAUGAUGUUCAAGAAAUUGUAAAUAGUCAAGAAUUUGAAAGAAAACCAAUGAGCCCUAAAUCCCUAAGUCAACACAACAAGCCACAAGUUUUGGAUUAUGUUGUUUUGAGUGACAAUGAAGAAGUGGAAAUUUUGGACUUUGUCACUCCAAGAAAACCAAUUCGUAAAAAGACCAAACCUCAAUCCCCAAUAUUUCAACCUCCACCUCCUACCGAUAUUAUUGUAAGGAAACCUUCUGCUUCAAUAAUUGUUGAAGAAAAACCAAACCAGCAACCAGAAUCUUCCAAUAAUUCCACCUCAGCUUUAGAUAAUUCCACAACAACCCCUUCUUCCACCAAAACUCCUAAAAAAGUCAGUCUCAAAUUCCUUCUCGAUAACAAUGACAUGUCUGACUGGUAA